GUGGUAUUAAUAUUUGGUGGGUAAGUUAGGGCUUGGUUUGGUAGAAGCCAAAAAUGAACCAACCCCUAACCCAACCGAACCCAGAAGGCAGCGACCAGUCACAGCAGCCACCACCUCCCCUCCACACAGAGGUAGAAGAUGAUGAUGAGAAUGUAAAACAGCUCAAGGAUUGCUCUGUUAUCUACCUAUCCUUACAGGAUUGCCUUGUUAAGACUGACAGGAAUUGGAAAUCGUGUCAAGUGGAAGUCCAGGCCUUGAAGGCAUGCAAUGAGAGGAGGAAUAAUGACAGAGGAAAGUGAGAUCAUAGCAAAGAUGAGCUUCGAUUAGGAUUUCUAAUAUGUUCUUUGAGGCCUUGAAGACAUGCAACGAGAGGAGGAAGAAUGACAGUGUAAACUGUGAUCAUAUGAAAGAUGAGCUUCAACCACGAUUGCAACUAUAUCUACUCUCUGGUUUUUAUUUUAUUUUCUAUUUAUAAUUUGACUAAAUCCAUAAAAGAAAUUAGCCUUCAACAAUUUCCUGUAACCAUAAGGAUAAUCUCAAAGGACCCAAAAAAGAGAUUGUAACUAGGCACUUUAGAAAUUCAUAAAAAGUUCACAAAACAAA